AUGUUUUUAACUGCCAGUGGAAUUACCAAUGCAACAAGGAAACGUGCUUUAUUACUUUACCUGGCAGGCAGUCGUGUUCGGGAAAUUUUUCAACAUUUACAAGAUGUAGGGAAUGCUGAUGAUUACGAUACAGCGAAGACGAAGCUUACCACCCACUUCGAGCCUCAAAAGAAUCACCGUUAUGAGGUUUAUCGGUUUCGUGAGACCAAGCAAGAGCAAGGGGAAACAUUAGAUCAAUAUCAUACACGUUUACGAGCCCUUUCUACUGCAUGUGAAUUUCAAGAUUUAGAAUUCGAAAUCGAACAGCAAAUUGUUGUUGGUGGUAUUUCCUCGCGAAUUCGUCGAAGGGCACUACGUGACCCUACCUACGAUCUGAAACAAAUGUUACUGGAUGGAAGACGUGAAGAAAUGAGUUCCUUUCAAACUCGAGAGAUUGAAUCUAAUGAGAAUACUGCUGCUGUUGUACAUCCUUUUAAAUCUGUCAACAAAGAAGGCAAGAAAUGCUAUACUUGCGGAGGGGACUACCCUCACAAAGGGGAAUGCCCUGCAAAAGGAAAGCAAUGCGGAAGCUGUGGUAAACAAGGUCAUUUUGCGGUCGUUUGUAAAAGUAAAGGAGACAAAAUAGAUCGCAGAAACAAAGGAAGCAGAUCACAUCGAAAGCACAAACCAAGAAUUCGCCCACUCAAACAUACUGAGUAUUCUUCUAGUUCUGAGGAUGAAUAUAUGUACGCAAUGUCUUCAGCCAGUCCACGCACACCACAAGUAUGGAUUACUGUUGCAGGUCACAAAUUCAAAGCUCUUGUGGACAGUGGUGCUGCAAUAAAUGUGAUUGAUGCUGACACUUUUGCAAAUCUAAAAAAUGUUAAGCUCCUGCGCACAAGCACGAAGGCAUAUCCUUAUCAGAGUAAAAUACCAGUUGAGUUUCUUGGAAAAUUCGAAAGCAUUAUUGAAACCAAGAAGAAAUGCACUGUGGGAACAGUCUAUGUGGUAAAAGGGAAGGACAGCGGAUGUUUACUCUCACUUCAGACUGCACAGGAAUUAGGCCUUAUCAAGCUUCAAUUAAAUGCAGUACAAAGCCAAAAUCUCCAGGACGACAGUCUAGCCAAAAUUCUACAACAGUAUUCUUCUGUGUUUCAAGGCCUUGGUAAAUUAAAGAAUCACCAGGUUAAAUUGAACAUUGACUCAAGUGUACCUCCAGUUGCUCAGCCACAACGUAGAAUUCCUUUCCACAUUAGGAAAAAGGUCAAGGUAGCCAUAAAAGAGCUUGAAAGUCAAGGAAUUAUUGAAAAGGUGCCUGAUUCUCAACCAACGCCAUGGGUAUCAGCAAUAGUUGCAGUACCCAAGAAAGAUGGCAAUGUCAGAAUAUGUGUAGACAUGCGCGCAGCAAACACUGCAAUCAAACGUGUACGUCACUUGAUUCCAACAGUAGCUGAUAUCAGUUUAGAGUUGAAUGGUGCUAGAUUCUUUUCAAAGCUUGAUUUGUCCCAGGCUUAUCAUCAAUUAGAGUUGCACCCAGACAGUCGUUUCAUUACUACUUUUAGCACUCAUCUCGGACUAUAUCGUUAUACCCGCUUGAACUUCGGAACUAAUGCAAGCGCUGAACUAUUUCAACAUACGUCACAGCAACACUUGCAAGGAAUGGCUGGUGUUCAGAAUAUAGCCGAUGACAUCCUAGUCUUUGGAAGUACACGUCAAGAGCAUGAUCAGGCUCUUGAAAAUUGCCUUAAACGCCUUAAAGAGAAAGGUCUUACCUUGAACAAGUCGAAAUGCAGUUUUCUGAAUACUGAGUUAGAGUUCUUUGGACAGAUUUUCUCAGAGCAAGGUAUACGACCUGACCCUCGCAGAACACAGGAUGUUAUUGAUGCUGCUAUACCACAAAAUGUAUCAGAACUGCGCAGUUUCUUAGGCAUGGUGACAUUCAGUUCCAAAUAUGUCGCCAACUUUGCCACCAUUGCUACCCCUCUCCGUGAAUUGACAAACACAGGUGUCACAUUUACAUGGGAACAAAAGCACCAAACCGCAUUCGACAAGCUGAAAGCAGCUAUUACUAAACCACCAGUUAUGGCAUAUUUUGAUGCUAAGAAGGACACUGUGUUAACAGUUGAUGCCAGUCCAGUGGGUUUGUCGGGAAUACUAUCUCAAAGAUCCGCAUGUGAUGCAGAAGGUAAAGUUGUUGCAUAUGCUAGCCGAGCGUUAUCAGCCGUAGAACGUCGGUACUCUCAAACGGAGAAGGAGGCUCUUAGCAUUGUUUGGGCCAUAGAACAUUUCCAUUUAUAUCUUUAUGGUCAUUCAUUUACACUGGAAACGGAUCAUAAGCCUUUAGAAAUGAUAUAUGGGAGGGCAAACUCAAAACCAUGUGCUAGAAUUGAGCGAUGGGUUCUUCGCCUACAGCCGUACAAUUUCCAAGUCAAGUAUAAACCAGGACCAACUAAUCAGGCUGAUUUUCUAUCACGACACCCUUCUAUGUCUAACACUGGAAAACAAAGCAAGAUUGCUGAUGAAUAUGUACAUUUUAUAGUACAAAACGCUGUUCCGAAGUCAAUGACUCUUUCUGAAGUUCGCGAAGAGACAGAUAAAGACAGAGUUUUAAAAGCACUUCGAGCUGCAAUUCGUCUCAAUCGUUGGGAUGCUGAUACUGUUAAACCUUUUCGACCUGUCAAAGAUGAACUGUCUAUUGAUUCAUCAAAUAUAAUACUACGUGGUGCCAGAAUAGUUAUACCUGAAUCUUUGCACAAGAAAGCAGUUGACUUAGCCCAUGUAAGUCACCAGGGAUUAGAGAAAACCAAAGCACUUCUACGUGAAAAGAUCUGGUUCCCUGGCAUUGAUGUACUUGUCAAGCAGACUAUCACAAAAUGUGUGCCUUGUCAAGCGGUCGGGAGAAGUAGUCCUCCUGAACCACUCCACAUGACGGAAAUGCCAAGUGCACCUUGGCAAAAGAUUAACAUUGAUUUUCUUGGUCCACUUCCAUCUGGCGAGCUACUUCUGGUUGUCAUAGACAGAUAUAGCCGCUAUCCAGAGGUGGAAAUUGUUCGCUCGACCAAAAGUUCUGUAGUGAUUCCCAAGUUGGAUAAGAUUUUUGCCGUCCAUGGUAUACCGUUUGAAUUAACGUCUGAUAAUGGACCACCUUUCAAUGGAGAUGAGUUCUCUCGUUAUUUGAAAUUGUUGGGUGUAAAGUUUACUCGCUCUACUCCAAAAUGGCCACAAGGUAACGCGGAAGUCGAACGCUUCAUGCAACCAUUAGCUAAAGCGCUAACGACAGCAGUUGUAGAAGGAAAGAAAUGGCAACAAGAGCUAUGCAGGUUUCUAUUGCAAUAUAGAACAACGCCACAUAGUACGACCAAGGUACCACCGUCCGAAUUAUUGUUCAACAGAACAGUUCGUGGAGCAUUACCAACAUUAAAACCUCGCACUAUUGUUAAUCGGCAUAAAGAAGCUAAAGAUAAUGAGCAGAAGCGUUGUAUCUACAAUAAGUCCUAUGCAGAUUUACAUCGCAAUGCCAAAGAAAGUUCGAUCAAGGUUGGAGAUACUGUUCUUGUACAACAAGAGAAGAAGCAGAAACUAAUGCCCAAAUUCAAUACUACUCCAUACAAAGUGAUUGCUCGUAAAGGCACGACAGUUGUUGCAGAAAACAAAGAACGACAUCGUAUUACACGAAAUGUUUCGCACUUUAAGCAGAUUCCGGACAUUAAUGAAAUGGAUUAUAGUAGCGAAGAGGAGCGUAAUAAUGAACCUGAACCAGCAUGUGAAUAUAGGAGAUCAAAUAGAACAAGAAGAGCACCAGUGCGAUAUGGACAUGGACUUUCUUAUUAA